AUGCAUGUUUUCGAGAGAGCAUUGCCUUUGGCUUUGACUGUCUUUUGCGGUGUGGUUGGAGGAUUCUACACUUUUCAGCCAAUAUUUGCAAAUGAUGCGCAAAAGAAUCUUGACUCUCCGCCGGCGUCAUUAAUUCCAAAUGAGAAGGAGACGGGGGAAGAAAAAAAAGCUGCAAGGAACAAUUGA